AAAAUGCCUACCAGCUUGAAUUUCCGCCGUGUACAUCCUGAAACAUGUCAACUAGGGCAACAUUGUCACAUGUACCAUGUCGAUAAGGACAUCGAACUCAUCGGCGUUGGGACGAAGCAGGAGGCUGUGGAGCACGAGACGGCUAAUUCGCCCCUGUCCUUCGCCUACGAAAAGGAUCAUUUCCUCAUCUACAACUCACCGGAAGGAGCCAUCAAGGGCAACUACUCGUCCUGGAACAGUAUUGCAAAGCACCUCAGCAACACUAAUAUCCAAUACUGGCACAGCUGUAUUCGUGAGCACAAUGGGCGUAAGGUAUAUAUUGGAUCGCCAAUCUUGCACCUUCUCCAAUCGGGCGUUACUUUUGGUGACCAUAGUCACCCUGUUGUGAAUAACACGGCUGUAACUUUCUACACCACCAUCAACUUCGAGCAAUUCGCCCAGACUACCAAGAAAAUCGCCAGGUGCCAUCAGGAGUUUUUUGUCAUAGCGCAUGACAAUGAUUUCGAAUGCGCUGAGACGGAUCUUGAACGGCCCAGCCUUUAUUGCAAGGCGCAUGGAAUUUGGCCGACUUUUGAAAGGACCAUUCUUUCAAGCGCCUACCAAACAGGCAAUUCAAGCCCAAAGAUUACCUCGGAAACAAGCAACCUGAUGGCGAACCGUAUUCCAAGCGAGGAUCAUAAUGACGGCAGUGGGGACGGCGGCAACGACCACAGCAACUAUGAACCAGAGUACAAAGAAAUCAACGAUGAGCUGCAGAUUUUUGAUGAUACAUUCUAG